AAGACAAGACAACGGUUGUAUAUAUUUGUGCUCAAUAGCAGCUCGGUGUUCUUCCUCUCUUCCUGGAAACAUUUGAUCUACGAGAGUAAGAAGCUUUAAAUGUGUUCUUAGGGUAGAAGCUGUCAGCCCUUUUGGCGAACAAGAUUGAUCGCGCGCAAGCUUCCUUACUGCUUUGUUUGGGAUAUAAGCAUUAAACUGUGAGAGGCCUACAAACCUUCUCUGUGGUUUUCUUAAGGAAUGGAAUAGAAUUCAACAAAUGAACUAAAGCAAAUUUAAUAUCAUAAUGAGAUCUACCUUCGAGGUAGAAGACGGCUAUAGCUUCUUUCGUCAACGAAUCUUCGAUUUCCACUUAUUCUUUAAACAUAGAUAUAUCUUUUGGCAAGGAUCAAAAUCCUCGUGCUUUAGAAUAUGAUUUUGUUUAUUUUUGUAACAAUUAGGCUAAAAGACAUACUGGUUGAACGAAUGUUCAUUUUAUGUAAUACAUAUUUAGUGUUUUUUUUUUUUCUUCAGUACGUUAUUUCACAAAGGAACAAUGAUUAGGUAAUUGCUUUUAUCAUUUAAGUGUAACUAAAAUACAAAAAAAAAAAAAAAAAUAGGCUACAAUUAAACAGUUAUACAGGAAAAUUGCUUAGAAUUGAACAUAAAGUAAACUGAUAAUGUAUCAAGACAACACUCUUUAUUGGACCAUAUUAAAAAACAAAGGAAAAAAAUAAAUAAAUGAACAAAAACAAUAACGCGUAAGAAAAAUAAUAUUAUUACAAAAGCCCAUAGCAAAUAUGAAUCUGGUGAUUUCAAAAUAUGCAUCAACUAACAUGAAAUGUUACCUACUUACCAGAAUCAAAUGAGCCCGUAUAAACGUCACAAUGAUCAUAUGAUUAUAUUAAUAAGAUAAAAUAUUGCUACAAGCUAAAAACGCAUCAAAACUGCGUGUAUUUAUAUUGGAAUGCAUUAUUUUAUUUGUCCGUCUGUAUGAAGCAAGAUGUAUGCAAUAUUGUGCAGUUUGCUUUUAUGCUGUCCGCAUUGUACAGUAAAAUAUCUAGACCAUAUUUAAAUGAAACAAUACCCCCAAACCUGCUACCAAAAGAAAACACAUACCGAAUGAUUGAACAUUUUUUGUGCGAAACUUCUUAUUUAGCUCGGAUGAGGGGACUCUCGUGCCAAAACUUUCAAGAUUAAUGGAUUACUUUGUUAAUGACUUGAGGCGUCAGAUUUAGGUGCUUAGAUGAUUUGUGAGGUGCAAAGUGUCUUUCUGACCCUCCUAAGCAAUACAUGGAGCGAGAGGAGGCAGAAGACGAGAGCAGCUGCACUGACCAUUAAAAAUAUGUAAUGUUAUAUUAGUGCAAUGAAAAACUGCUCUGUGUAAAUAAAAACAGCACUACCCUAGAACGAGGCGUUCCUUGCAUGCUUUUUUUGGAUCAAUCACGCAGACAGUGGCUUCUUUUGAUUAAACCCCAAAUUGUCAUUGGGCAGAAGUAAUCAUGUGACAACCAAUUCGGUCCAAUUUCAACCUUGUCUCCAUGAAUUCAAUAGUUUAAUAGUAGCGCGGUCCCCAUACGGCUGUAAUCAGUGAAUUAGAAAAAACACCAGCAGCGAUUUUUAUAUAUUUUUUUUUUUCUGGGCCACAAAACAUAAAAAUAAGAGCUAACUUUCUAAAGCUCUGAGGAGAAGGAAAUGAAUUACGGAUUUGAGCGAGAGACUGGUUUUAUCAAUAGUCAGCCAUCGCUUGCUGAGUGCCUGACAUCUUUUCCCCCUGUCGGUGAUACAUUUCAAAGUUCAUCAAUCAAGAGCCUGACGCUUUCACACUCGACACAGAUUCCACCUCCUUUUGAGCAGACCAUUCCAAGCUUAACCCCAGGCAUCCACCCUCGCCACAACCGGCCAAAACAGAGCCCAAAUGGCAGCAGCCCUUUACCGGCCGCCGCUCUGCCUCUGGAGUAUCCCUGGAUGAAGGAGAAAAAAGCUUCCAAGAAAAAUCACCUGCCGACUUCUUCAGCAACAGCCAGUUCAACAGAAGCGCUCUGUUUCCCCCCGAAAGAUUCGCCUGAGAUUCUGGAUAAUGUUGGUGGAGGAUCACGGAGAUUAAGAACCGCGUACACCAACACUCAGCUCCUUGAACUGGAGAAGGAAUUUCAUUUCAACAAGUAUCUGUGCAGACCAAGAAGGGUGGAGAUUGCAGCUUUGCUAGAUCUGACUGAGAGGCAAGUAAAGGUGUGGUUUCAGAACCGGAGGAUGAAGCACAAAAGGCAGACUCAGUGCAAGGAAAACCACAACGGCGAGGGCAAAUUUAAGAACCCGGAGGACAGCGCGCACAGUGAGGAGGAGAAGACUCUUUUUGAGCAAGCCCUAAACAAUGUCUCCGGCGCCCUUUUGGAAAGAGAAGGUUACACAUUUCAACAAAAUUCCCUGACUCAACAACAGCCACAGAAUGUGCACAAUGGAGAAUCCCAAAGUUUCACUGUGUCGCCUUUAAGCAGCAAUGAGAAAAAUCUGAAACAUUUUCAGCACCCGUCACCCACUGUUCAGAACUGCCUCUCAACAAUGGCCCAGAACUGCGCAGCUGGCCUGAACAAUGACAGCCCGGAGCCCCUGGAUGUCUCUUCUUUACAGGAUUUUAACGUUUUCUCGACAGAUUCCUGCCUACAUCUUUCAGAUGCACUUUCUCCCAGUUUGCCAGGAUCUCUUGACAGCCCUGUGGACAUUUCUACGGACAGUUUUGAUUUUUUCACAGACACGCUGACAACAAUCGACUUGCAACAUCUAAACUAUUAAAAAAAAAAAAAAAAAGUCACGUCUCGUCUCAUGACUCUUAAUUGCAAAAAAGAAAAGAAAUCUCUACCUUCUCCUAUUAACCUGAUUUGGGCUAUCUCCCUUUCCUUUGACAUGGUCAGUACA